AUGACAUCCUCUCAAGGAACUAUCCUCUUGACUGGCGCCAAUGGGGGACUUGGUUCUGCUAUUGUCGCCGAUAUCCUCAAGAAACCUGACUUGGCCAGCAACUACACUGGCGUGUAUACUGUCAGGAAAGCUGCGACAGCGACGCACCUCAAGAAGGUUCUCAGUUCUGCUCCUAAAGCACAUCAACAUGACAUAGUGGACAUGGAUCUCGGCUCGCUGUCCAGCGUCCGAAAGGCAACCACUGAGAUCAACCAGCGUGUUGCUGCUGGGGAGUUCCCCCCAAUCAGAGCCCUCAUUCUCAACGCUGCAUAUCAAGACCAUGAGAAGAUUGCCAUGACGGAUGAUGGAUACGAGACCACUUGGCAAGUCAACUAUCUGGCGAACCAGCUGUUGGCUCUUCUCCUACUCCAAAGCAUGGACAAAGAAAAGGGCCGGAUCCUCAUACUCGGUAGUUGGUCGCACGACAUCGACGAUGAACGAAACAACACCAAUGGGGAGCCCUAUAAAGGCUGGGAUACUCUUUUCCCUGGAGCAGAGGAGCUCGCCAAAGGCAAGUGGAGCAGGCCAGACAGUGGUGGAGGAUGGUUUACCGGUUAUCGGAGAUAUGGAGCAAGCAAGCUCUGCGCUGUGAUGCUCAUGCAUGAAUUGGCGAGCCGCCUCGCUAGAGACCCAGAAUUGUCUCAUGUCUCGGUAGUUGGGUUGGAUCCUGGGGCCAUGGGCUCUGAUCUUACUCGACGAGGCGGUUUUCUGAUGACAACUGUUGGAGUCAGGUGGCUUCUUCCGCUCAUGGCUCCCAUUGCUGUCAAGUUCAACCCCAAUGGGCUAUUCCGCCCACUGUGGAAGAGCGCUGGAGAUGCAGUUCGUCUCUGCUUCGAGGUUGAAGUACUGGCAGGCAAGUUACUGUAUCUAAAUGGCACAGACGAGCUGGAUACCGGAAGAGAGUCCAAAAAUGUCGCCAAUCGGAACGCUCUGUGGGCGUAUGGACUCGAAGCGGCGCAAAUCAAGCAGGGGGAUACGAUCUUGCGAGAUUGGAAGUAA